AUGGACAAAAAACGAAAAAAAGGUAUUACCGCGAAUAAAAGAACGACUUCCCCUCCGAAAGCACCUAAAGCGAUAGAAAAGAAAGUUGAAAAGAAUGUACAAGCGAACGAAUUAGGGUGCGACUGUCAGAGCAUGGUCAGAAUUACCGGUCAUAUAGGUGUGGGUGAUGACAAUCGUAUCUUGCUGAGAUGUGGCGUGGAAGGGACAAAAGUAUCAACAAAGAAAGAUCUAAAAGAGUACCAGAAAUCAACUUAUAUGGAACCAAAUGGAGGCGCCCUCCUACACACUGUCACUCAAGGCACUCAGAUGGAUGGAGAUUUAUUAGAAAAUAGAAAAAACCAUAGAUCCCCAUUCUUCAAUAGUAAUUUGGCCUGUUUCUGUGAUAAUGUUAAUGAAUAUGAGUACGGAACUGAAUAUAAUGACCAUAAAAACAUCAAAAGAUGCCAGAGUCCUCUUGUCGUGAUAACCGUAUAUCCAAAUGAUGAACGAUGUGAAAAUGUUAAAAUUUUCAAACAGCAUCCUCGGUAUGGAUCUCCUCCAGAUAAAGAAAGUAUUACAACUGUUAAUCACAUGCCACAAAGUAACCGACCAAACCAGUAUCAAGGAAACCAAGGAAAUAUUGACGAAAACAAAACUAAACCCGAUAAAGAGACGCAAAAGAGACGGCCCAGGUCGGCUUCUAGAGGAAAACGAGAAACCAUAACUGAGAAACAAGACACGGAAGGUUCCAGCCGACCAAGAAGUCGGUCACGUAGUACACAUUCUAGCACUAGUCAAAAAACAAAACAAGGGCUAGUUAUAACUGGUAAUGCAAAUCGUCCAAAAUCACCAAAUAGAAUAUCGACUCAAAUCAUUAAAACAUUAUCAACGGUAAAAAAAGACAAUCGUUUGACACGUCCAAAAAGUCCGCCAUCUGAAAUGAAUCAAAAGAUAAAACGGCAAGAAGUGAACAUCAAAAAUAUUUCGGUAAAAAAUAAAACUGAACAAAAGAAUUAUAAAAGUCCAAAUUCACUAAGAAGUCGAUCGCCUAGUAUACAUUCUAAUCAAACUAUGAAAUUACUUGAAAAAGAAAAUAAAAGAACAAAAGAACUUGUGCCUAAAAAACGAGAGUUCCAAAGAAUAGAGAAGGAAAAGACAAAAACAGCUGUUAAGGCAAACUUAGCUUCAACGUCAACCAAUACAGAUCAUGAAUUGACCAAAAAGACUCUUGUUGAUACAUUCAUAAGGGAACUUAUAGGGCAAAUGGGAAAGCCUAGUAGGAAAAAGAAUAAGAAGCCACUGCCUACUGAAUCACAAGUGACAAUCAAUAUAGAUGGUGAGAAUGAAAAUUACGACGUUUUUCUUCAACAAGGUAGGGUGACUGAUGUAAGAGUGAAAAAGUCUAUGAAGAGCCCGUUCAAAUACCAAGAAUUUGAGCAUUUUAAUGGCCAUAGAGGCACCUCACCUUCAAUGUUGAAUAUGGUCGACAUGGAUAAUUUCAUGGUGUGCGGUUAUGAGUCUCCAAAUUCAAAGAACGACAACUUUGAAGGUCCAGAAAUUAAUAUCAGGGAUAGUUUGGAAAUCGGUCACAAACGGAAGGAGCGCCAUGCAUCCGAAGUACAUGAACUACAUAAUUUUCAAUGUUUUGAUCCUAGGGAAACUCGCCCGACGGAAAGUUUCGCUCCGGUCAAGCAUUUCACAGGUGACAAAUGCCUAAUCGCUGACCCGGUCAAAAGGGAUAGAGAAAUCAGACAUUUGCUGGGUUUAGAAUUGACCAGUCAUGAAUGCUACCAGUGCCCGUGCCCAUGCCCAUGUCCUAAGAUACCUCAUCGUAAGACGUUUGACCCAGAUCGAGUAUUACGACUCUAUCAUGCGAAACACAACCUCGUUAAACGACAAACUCCUUACGCCGAAGCUCGGAUUCGGAUCAAUCAAGUUAACUAUCUCAUGAAAACUGCAAAACAAUCAACCGGCACACAAUACGAAAAGCCAAAUAUUGCUCUGGAUUAUUCUAACUUGCCAAAUCUAAAUAUGACACUUAAUCGCAACAUCCAAGUGUUCCUACAAGUUGAAAAAUAUACAGAACAAAAACCAAUAACAUUAUCGAGAAAACAAUAUAACAAGGUAAAACGAGCAAUAGAUCAUACAAUAUCCAAACAUCGAAGGCAUAAACUUGUGAAACCUAAAUGUAGUUUUAUGGCUUUAGAUGUUAAAAAGAAAACAAAGAUUCAACCAUCUGAAGAAAAAUUUAAAUUGAUAAAUCAAAUUGAAAAACCAAAUGAUAGUAAUAUGAACACCGUUAAGUCAAAACCAGAUAUAUUUGAAAAUAGAGUGACCAAUGUUUUAUACCCGAAAGAAUCAAAUAAAACUAAAGCCUCCCUAAAACACUAUGUUUCGUCUGAAGAUAUGCGUAUGUCGCAUUAUCAGCCAUUCAAUGGGUCUUCAACUAAAGUUGCAGUCGGAUCAUCUUAUUCUCAUUCUAUUCAUACAAUUUUCAAAGGAUUUAGAAAACCGCGCACACCUAACCUUGGAACCUCUGCAUGUUCAUUUUUCUCAGACUGUACCAACGAUUAUAAAUCUGUGAAAAAUUUUAAGCCUGCAUUGGAUAAGCCCAGGAAACCUUUCUUGAAGAGGCUCAUGUCUUGUUUGAUCCUAAAGGCUAGUACAACUUCUGAAGUGAAACUUGCUGCCGCGCCCAAACCCAUGGCCGACAAUAGCACAGUUGAUUCUUAUCACAUCAGCACAUCGAUGGGGGCAAUAGAAAUGAGUUCGUCCAUCUACGAUACCUCAGAGUCUUUCUACAGCAAUCACAGUAUCAUUCCCAUUAAUAACAAGAUCAAACGAGGCUUCUUCGGCUCAAUGCGCGGCUUACUGGCUUAUGGAAAAACCUAAAUCUUUAUA